AUGUUAUAUAGUUAUAGAGGUUUUUUAAAUUCAAUAUCUAGACACCAAAGCAUGAUUUGAAAUGAUGUCUCGACCCUCUUUUACAACUUUGUCAAAUUUUACAAAUAAUAGAGCAAUUGAGUCCUUCCAAAUCCUUAUCACAUCUUUUAUGUUCCCCGUCUCAUUCUAAGAUACAACUUCGAUAUCUCUAUCAAAAAUAUCAUGUCUUCCAAAGAUUUCCUGUACAGCAAACCAAGAAAAAAAUAUUUGGUUUGGAUGAAAUAAAGCAAUAAAUGGCCAUUUUUCAAGUUAAUAGACACACACAUAUCCUUAUCAAAACCAAACCAAACUGAUAAUGAUAAGGAGAAUUAAGCCUACAGCGAAGAAUUUUAUAUUCUUUCCACCUUGAGAGUAUAUGUUCCUUGUCAUGAAUUCAGUUUUCUUCUUUUGCUUUUUAUAUAGUUGCUUAAUUUCUGUUUCCGGUGAUAACGAUCCUGACAUGAUGAAUUCACGGCUAGAAGCCCUGGAACAUGAAUUACAGGCUUUAAAAUUAGAUCUGCUUGAAACAAAAACUAGGAACUCGGCCCAAGACGCUAAAAUAAAUUCUCAGGAAUCAGAAAUUCAGGAUUUGAAAAAUCAACUAAGCAUUAGAACUUCAGGUUCGACUUACAUAAGAUGGGGACGAAAGACAUGUCCAGUCGUCAACGGAACCUCUUUGGUCUAUGCUGGAUUUACUGCGGGUAGAGAUUACAGACAAGCAGGAAGUGGUGUGAAUACACUCUGUCUGCCUCAUGAUCCAGAGUCGGCACCGGCUGGUCUUCCUUCUUCUUCAGGCUUUGGUCGGUUAUAUGGAUCAGAAUAUGAUUUUUCUUUUAAAAAUAUUGCUGUUAAUGACGAUGUACCGUGUGCUGUCUGUUUUGUCCACCAUGCAUCAUCUUCUAUGAUGAUUCCUGCAAAACAUUCAUGUCCUCUUGGUUGGACAAAGCAAUAUUCAGGUUUCUUAACAUCUGAUUCAAGUCUGACUAACCCUGUUUAUUACGGCUCUGAAUAUCUGUGUCUUCAUGGAAAUCCUGAAUAUAUGACAGAUGGUGCUCGACAGUAUAAUAAUGAUGGUAGACUAUUUUUUCCGGUACAGGCAGUAUGUGGUUCACUGCCAUGUCCACCGUACAAAGAUUCCCAAACUGUUGCCUGUGUUGUUUGUAUCAUGUAAUCACAUUUAAAAUGCAAAAUUUCAAAUAAAUACUAACCAAUUUGUUCAGUAUUUAAAAUGUCUAAUAUAAAGGUUUUGCAUAUUCAAAACUGAAAAAAAAACAAGAAAUGUUUGCAAAGCACUCCUCCCCUAAAUACUUAAAAUAUUUUACUUCGUCAAAAUGGCUAAACUCUGUUGAAAAUAGCUUGAUCGUACCUAAAACCAAACUUAACAUAAAUACAUUUAUGAUAAAUCUGCAUACCAAAUUUCUAAAAAGUUCUAAAUUUUGCACUCUGCAGACGUUUAAUAUUUUAUCAGAAAUGAAGAUAAGAAACGAUUGAGUCGUCAUACAUAAAAGAAAAACAACGACAUCGCAUUGCGGCCUAAAUACAAGUGUCAUGACUAUCUUAACCUUCUUGUCCGUAAGCCUCCUGUCAGUAACGUCAGCAUUACUAGAGAAUCGUCAACUUGGCAGCAGACGUAUGUUGGUAGACGAUGUAAGCUUCAUGAACUCACGACUGCAAGCUCUUGAGCAACAGUUCCAAACCAUACAAACACAGCUGAACACAAAGAUUGCGGAACAAGAUGCCGAAAUUAACGCACUGAGAACAACUCUAGCAAAUUUUGAGAACUCAAA